GCAUCAGUAGCCGAAAAAAAAAACCUCAUCCUAAGAGAUGAGGUCCCUAAAAGGUAAGAACAAAAAUACAUGAAGACAAACAAUUUAUUUAGUUGUAUACAUUUGUUACUUUUUAUAGUUAAACAAUAUUAGUAGCUUUGCUGUGAAAUCAUGUUAAUUGUGAGUAAGUCCCAACAGGACCCUUAUAUAACCCACACAACACAAGGAGUUUAUGCAAACCAAACAGGAAUGGCUGAUCAGAUAACUAAAAACCCUCAUGCCAUAUUCAUACCACUCCCUCUCCAAGGCCACCUCAUCCCAUCCGUUCAUCUUGCCGUCAAACUAGCAUCCAAAGGUUUCACCAUCACUUUUAUCAACACUGAAUCUGUCCACCAUAGCAUCACCAACUCUUCAUCUAGCAGCAAUCUUUUUGAAGAGGCAUGCAAAUCUGGUCUGGAUAUAAGGUAUGCAACUGUGAGUGACGGACUUCCUGUAGAGUUUGAUAGAUCACUGAACCAUGACCAGUUCAUGGAGUGUCUUUUCCAUGUGUUUUCGGCUCACGUGGACAAACUUGUGGGGAGUUUGGUGAAAGAUGACCCGUCUAUCGGAUGUUUGAUAGCUGAUAGUUUCUGUGUGUGGCCGUUGAUGAUAUCGAAGAAGUAUAAGUUGGUGAAUAUAUCGUUCUGGACUGAACCUGCUUUGGUUUUGAAUUUGUAUCAUCACUUGGAUUUGCUCAAGAAAAAUGGACACUAUGAUCCACUUGAUAAGUUUGAUGAUGCCAUAGAUUACAUACCGGGGGUUGGAUCCGGAUCAAUCAAACCAACCGACUUGAUGUCAUAUCUACAAGCCACAAAUACGAAUACCAUUCUCCAUCGCAUCAUACAUAAGGCGUUGUUUCAAAACACAAAGAGUGCCGAUAUCAUCAUAUGUAACACAAUACAAGAGCUUGAACCAUAUACAAUUUCAACACUAAACCAAACCCAACCCUUCUAUGCAAUUGGCCCUAUUUUCCCUAACGACUUCACUAAAGAACUUGUGUCCACAAGCUUAUGGUGCGAGCUAGAUUGCACCCGUUGGCUUGAUAACAAACCUCCCGGUUCAGUUUUAUAUGUCUCCUUUGGUAGCUAUGCUCACACUAGCAAACAUGUGCUCGAAGAGAUAGCUUGCGGUCUAUUACAAAGCGAGGUCAGUUUUGUUUGGGUGCUUCGCCCUGAUCUAGUGAGUUCUACCGACACAAAUGCUUUGCCUGUUGGAUUUGAAGACCAAGUUAAAGAUCAAGGUUUGAUUGUGCCUUGGUGUAACCAAAAGGCGGUUAUUUCACACCAGUCGGUAGGAGGGUUUUUGACACAUUGCGGAUGGAACUCGAUCUUGGAAAGCAUAUGGUGUGGGGUACCUAUGAUUUGUCUUCCUCUUUUGACCGACCAAUUCACUAAUAGGAAACUAGUAGUUGAUGAUUGGAAAAUUGGGAUAAAUUUAUGUGAAAAGAACUUGGUUGAUAGGGAAGAAGUCACAAAGAAAGUCAAAGAAUUGAUGAUGCAAGAAAAGUCAAAUGAAUUGAGGACUGAAGUCAAGAAAGUUAAAAGAACAUUACAAGAUGCAUUGGCCACGGGUGGAUCGUCCCACAGAAAUCUCGACCACUUCGUUAGUCAAGUUAUAUUAAAAACUAACCAAGUGAAGUAAAGUGUGUGUUUGAGAUAUACAUUUGUUAAUAAGCAAAUUUAGUUUCUUUGUUUAGUGUAACAAAUAAAGAUCUUUUUGUA